AUGGACCCAAUGGAUGAGGAGUCGUUCAAGUUGGCAAUGCAGCUCAUGCAGGAAGAGAUCGCAGCCAACGAGAGCGCCGCUAAAUCAGAAAAGGAGGCCGCUGGGGGCGACGCCAAAACAGACGAGACGAAGAAGCAGGAGGACCUUGAUCUGCAGCUGGCGAUGGAAAUACAAAACGCUCUCAACGCCCAGCAGCCCAAGCCUGUCUAUGGUACCCCUCCUCCGCCUGUGUCCUUCGGUGGCGGGUUUAGGGUCAAGCCAGACCAUUCCGAGGUGGCGGUGCCGCCCUCACAGGAAGCCAUCAAGCGUCUCAUUGCCGACCUGAGGGAGCUUACAUCUAUCUACGUGGCCUCACCAGAGAUGCACUUCCCGCACGACUACCCCUGGCGUCCGCCCAAGGUGAAGCUGGAGACGACCGACGGUGAUACGGUCCGCUUUAAUCCCAACUUGUAUGCAAAUGGUAAGGUGUGCCUGUCAAUCUUGGGCACAUGGAGCGGCCCCAGCUGGACCGAGAUCCAGACCAUCCUGUCGACCCUCAUGUCAAUCCAGUCGCUCAUGAACGAAAAGCCCUACCACAAUGAACCUGGCCAUGAGGUCGAGAGAAACUCGCGUGAUGUGACGGACUACAACGACUGUAUUGAGCAUGAGACCUUGCGGGUAGCCAUCAUCGGCAUGAUGGAGAACCCCACCACUCCCGAUUUCAAGAACGUUAUGGAGGAGAGCUUCUUGCAGAACUACGACAAGUACAUUAGCUGGAUCGAAAAGCGCAGAGAGAAGGACGGCAGGCAGAUGAGGGAUCCGUUUGGCGAGAGUAGGGGCAUGUUCAAGUACAGCAGCUUCGUAAAGCCACUCGAGCAGUUGAAAGCCACGGUGGAGAAGCGGAGAGAGGAAGCCCAGAAGCAAAAAGAGCUCGACGCACAGAAGGCCGCGGAAGAGUCAGACAGCUCCGACUCAGAGAGCGAUGAAGAGGAGGAGGACAAUAUGGUGACCGUGGCUACGACCACGACCACCACCUCAACCACUCCCUCCCAGCCCGAUCAACCCAUCCCAGCACUAGCGGCUCCGACCAUUGAGGCCGCGGCGAUGGACAUCGAGGUCAGCGCUGCCGCUGCACCAGUCGGUUCCGCCCCGGUCCCGACUCAGUCAGCGCAGGCUGCUGACCUUUCGGCUUGGCUUCCGCACUCGUCCGCCGGGGAGGUCGACCCCGACUACCUGCUGGCGCUGCAGCUGCAGGCCCAACUCGAUGGCGACGCUGAGUUGGCGCAGCAGUUGCAAAACGAGACGCACCAUCAUACUCCCGGAGGCCCACCUGCCCCGAGCUAUACGGCCGCAGCGACCCCGUACGUUCCGAUCAAGCCACCGACCAUGGCGGAGCUCAUGGCCCAGGGAGCUGGCGGCGGCCACCACGCCCACCCGUCGCAGGGCACGGAUGGCGCACAGGACCCGGACUACGACCCGGCCAUCGUGUGCCUCAUUUGCAAGCAGUCGCCCAUGUCCUACAUCGUUCUCCCGUCGUGUGAGCAGCCCCACAUCUACUGCUAUUCGUGUGCCGAGAAGAGAGCGAAAAUGCCCAGCGACAGAAAUGAUUACAACAGAUACGGCUUUGGACGCGGAGGCUUCCGCAAUCGAUACAGCUCGGGCGACAAACAGGCCCUUACUUGCGUGCUGUGCAGCGCCAUCUCGCACCUCGAUGGGCUACAAGGUCUGAAGUCGCUCAAACGGCACCGCAAGAGGAAGAGGGAGGGUGUCAGCGAUGGCUGGUGUGCCGAGCACAAGGAGGAGAUGUCCCUCUACUGCAUGGACGACAAUCAGCUCAUCUGCCUACUGUGCGCCGGCACCUCCCACGCCAAUCACGCCUACGAAGCCCUCGAGACGGCCCAGCACAAACUGCUGCCCCAGGUCAAGAACAGCCUCAAAGAAUUGGAGGGGAAAUGGGGCAAGUUGGAAGCGUUCGUGAAGGAGGUGAAGGAAAAGGAGCACAACCUCGCCGUUGACGCCGAAAGAAAGCGGAAGAAGGCCAAGGAGGAGAUUGACAAGCUGCGCAAGCUGCUCGACGAGAAGGAGAAGGAGAUCGACCAUGCCAUCACCAGCGUUCACACCCAGAGGCAGCACUCGCUUGACGCCAAGGUGACCAAGGCCAAGGCCGCCCUGGAAAAGAUCCCAGCCGCAAUCACGGCCGUGCAGAGCAUCAUCGACGAGAAGUCGGCUAUGCCGUUCCUCCGCAAGUACGAAGACGGCGAGCAGGACGCGCGCGAGCUGUGCAACGUGCCCGUGCCCACCAUCGGGCGGAACUGGUUCAGCAUGCCGGGUCUCAGGGUGGACCACCUCGACCACAUCAUCAAACAGUCUCUCAAGUACCAGGAUCUGGGCGACGCACACGGCAUGCCCUACGGCGUACCCCACUUUGGCGGUGGGCCGGUGCCCUACUACGCCGGCGAGGAACAGGACAACGACGACGACGAAGACGACGACGACGAAGACCCCCAGUACAGUGGUUUUGAGAAGCCGCUGGAUGACGAGCAGAGCAGCGACGACGCGGUCAAGGCUGAGGCCGAGUUCAUGGCCCUCGAGAAGGCCUUGCUCGCAGCCGUCAGUGGCGCUGGCGGACCCCCACCCCAACAGUGA